UGCAGGACGCCGGCAACAGGCGCGCUUCCUGCUCCGGCCCAGCCUGCGCACUCCGCCACCACCAUGGUCGCUGUGCCCACUGCCUGGUGCUCCAUCGCCCUAGCCCUGCUCGUGGCCCUGCACGAAGGCAAGAGCCAAGCCGCUGCCACCCGCACCCCAGAGCAGCCAGCGCCCUUGCCCCGUGCCCGAGGCUCCCACCUGCGGCCUCGCCGUUGCUCCUGCAGCUCCUGGCUCGACAAGGAGUGCGUCUACUUUUGCCACCUGGACAUCAUCUGGGUGAACACUCCCGGACAGACAGCUCCUUACGGCCUGGGAAACCCGCCAAGACGCCGGCGCCGCUCUCUGCCAGGGCGCUGUGAAUGCUACAGCACCGGGGACCCCACCUGUGCCACCUUCUGCCUUCGAAGGCCCUGGACUGAAGCUGUGGCAGUCCCAGGCAGCGGGCCCGCUGCAGCUGUGUUCCAGGCUGGCAAGACACGGGCCACAGCCGGAGAGCUCCUCCAGCGGCUGAGGGACAUUUCUGCAGCCAAGAUCCGCUUUGCUAGGCAACAGCAGAAGGCAGUGAGGGAGCCCAGGUCCACACAAUCCAAGUGGAGGAAGAGAUAGCUCUGGAAGCUGAAGGAACUUUGGGAAGGAAACCUGUGUGGAGCCAGGAGGAGAGGGGCAUCCCAGGAUUGGGAGACCCUCCACCUGUUUCCUGGGCCAGGAAACCUGCCUGCUGGAGUUGGCACAAGCUCUGGCCUCCUCGCCCUGGAGAGGGGGCCUCCCUCAAGAGAGCUCCAUGCCCUCACAUUGCCCGGGAAUGCCAUCAGUCCCCAGGCUGCAGGGUGGCCUCCCACACUGGUUCCGGCCCCACAGCCCUGCCCAGAGAAACAGCGUGGGAAGUGCACUAACCUGGAGGCUGCAUUCCAAGAGGUGUCCCGUCUGGUGGCUGCAAACCAGGAACGAUGUGCACUGAUGGACACUCACACCUAGGCCAGCCCUGGAGGCUGGAAGGGUCUACCCAGGACUGAAGUCCCCGCUGGGCCCCGUCUGUCCCCUCCAGCUCUCCCUCCCCAGAGUCCUUGUACCCACAUACCCUAGGGACACUCCUGGUGAGAAGGGCCUGCUCUGCUUCACCUGUCUGUAUAUAACUUAUUUGCUCUAAGAACUUUGAAAAUUCCGAUUAUUUAUUUUAAUGUAUUUUUUUAGACUCUCAAUUAUU